CCCGGGGCGCGCCCUGUCCGCGCGCGGGGGGUCGCUCUGCCCGAGCGGCGCGCGCGGGGCGGCGGCGGGUCGGGGUCCCGAGCGCGCGGCCCCCGCGUCCCCCCGGCCGGGCCGGGCGGGGGGCGGACACGGCCGCACGCCCGGGGCGGGGAAGCGCCUUAUAAAGGGCCGCGGCGCCCGCCCCGCGCACUCGCCCGCAGCCCCGCCGGCCCCGCUCCGGGCGGACGCACGGACCGACCCGGCCCGCCCCGCGCUCCCCGGCCGGACGGUCCCGGCCGCGGACACACUUUGGACUCGUCCGGCUCGGGACAGGCCGCGCGGACCCGGCUCGGACGGACCCGGCUCGGGACAGGCCCGGGCGGACUCGGUUCCGGACAGGCCCGGGAGGACACGGUUCCGGACACGCUUUGGACCUCUGCGGGCAGUGACCGGCCUCGGGAGAACGCGGCUCGGGACAGGCCCGGCCCCGGACACGCUUUGGACCCCUGCGGGCAGUGACCGGCCCGGGAGGACGCGGCUCGGGACGCGCCCCGGCCCCCGGCGGCCCCCGGCGGGCGAUGCGCGCGGCCCGGCAUGGCCUCGGCCGUGUUUGAGGGCACGUCGCUCGCCAACAUGUUCGUGCGCGGCUGCUGGGUCAACGGCGUCCGCCGGCUGGUGGUGAACCGGCGCGGGCACGAGGAGGAGUUCUUCGAGAUCCGCACCGAGUGGUCGGACCGCAGCGUCCUCUACCUGCACCGCAGCCUCGCCGACCUGCGCCGCCUGUGCCAGCGCCUCCGCGACGCCUUCCCCGACGGCCGGCCCGAGCUGGCGCGCGCGCCGCUGCGCCAAGGUCUGCUGGCCAUCAGGGAUGCCCAGGACAUGGAGUCGCGGCUGAACGAGGUGGAGAAGCUGCUGGCCACCAUCGUGGGCAUGCCAUGCAAGUACUCCAGGUCGGAGGUGGUGCUCACCUUCUUCGAGCGCUCGCCCCUGGACCAGCUGCUCCGGGAUGACUCGGUGCGCAGCAUCCAGCCCAGCUUCCAGAGCCCCGGCAGGAUCUCAGAGAUCAUGAGGUCCAACGGGUUCUGUCUAGCAAACACGGAGACGAUCGUCAUUGACCCCAGUUUACCGAACGGGAAGGACCAGCACCGGGGCCCGGAGCCGGCCGAGUGCUUGUUUGAGAGCGACGGCGACUGCCCCCUGGAGCUGGAGGACGGUGACGACCCCGCCACCUACGUCACCAACUUGUCUUACUACCACCUGGUGCCCUUUGAGACGGACAUCCUGGACUGAAUGUCCCUCGGGCCUGCCCUCUCCGCCGGGCCCCUCAGCCCUGCUGGUGUCCACUGGCACCCCGGGGACGGGGCGGGGGCACAGAGGGGCCUCUGCAGCUUCUCUGCCCGUGCGCAGGCCCUUCCCGCCCCCACGGGCCGCAUAGCCAGGCGGGGACAAGGCCAGUGUGUCAUGUGAGACACCGCGCUCUGGGCACGUGCAGUGACUCGGGGCAUCCCUGGGGCCGGGCCCCGGGGCUCUCGUUUCUGUUUCUCAUGUUCUGUCUGGGAACUGGGCCUGGGGCCAGCCAGAGGGAAGGAGGAAGAGGCCCGGGAGGCACGAGGGUGCCGGACACGUAGGCGUCUGACAGGCGAAACGGUUCCCUCUUUUGGGCCGCUGGGGCCUGGGUCGGGGCUGGUGCCCACUGGAGCCCGGGGGCUGGGGCCCGGGGAGGCCCUCUGCCUGUUGCCUGCUCUCCGCAGGGUCACUGCUGGGCUGUCCUGGCCUCCCCAGGCCUCCCCUGCCCUUGAGGGGCCCAUUGGGCCGCAUUUGCUCCUGUAAAUACUAGUAAGUUAUUGAGAGAAUCCGAAUUCUUUUACACAGUCUGUUUGUAAAUCUAUUUUAAUGGAAUAAAUGUGUUACUCGA